AUGCUAUUACUUGGGCUGGGUUUGGUUUCAUUUGUCUGUCUCCAGCUUGGACUUGCUCAGAGCUUGCAGCCGUCGCCAACUUCGUCGUCAACUUCUAGCUCCGCUGCCCCAACGCACACACUGUCCGUCGGUGCAGAAGGCCAUGUCUUCACUCCAAGUUCGGUGACGGCAAAUGUUGGCGACUUUGUUGAGUUCCUGUUCUAUCCCCUAAACCAUUCAGUCGCCAGGGCCGAGUUUAAGAAGCCAUGCAUACCAUAUGAGGUUUCUGGGGUAGGGAAGCAAGGCUUCUGGAGCGGUUUCCAUCCCCUCAAUGUGGUGGCAUCCAAUCCCCCAGCAUUUUUGAUCAAGAUCAACGAUACGCAGCCGAUAUUCUUUUACUGCUCGGCUCCUGGCGCAUGUAUAGAUGGGAUGAUCGGGGCAAUCAAUCCGAACUCGACGCAAACGCUCGACAUCCAGGAGGACUUUGCCCGCAACUCAACCCUAGCUUUCAGUCCCGGCGAGAACUUUCCUGCGGAAGUUGCACCAUCAUCGACACAGACUUCAAGUGUUACUUCGUCAGCCUCAGGAUCUCCAACAUCGACGAGCACACCUACUGCCGCAGCGGCAGCCUCGGAAUCCAAACCCCCUCUAUCAGGCGGCGCGAUCGCAGGUAUUACCAUUGGAGGAGCUGCCGUUGCUCUUAUGGCCGGUGCAUUGUUUUACAUGUGUGGUCGCCAACAAAUCUUGAAGGAAAUGAUUCCACCCCAGCGCGAACAGUCCCAUCCCGCUUCCCCAUUUAUAAACCAUGCUUCAAUGGCUUCAGCGUCAGCCUACCCCAAUAAAAUGUUUGACGGUUUGGAUGUACACCGGUUUUCUGGGCAGCCGAGUUCGCCAGGAUAUUGCGAUCACUCGCGGGCAGAGACGGAACGCUCGAGAAGUCCAGCGAUAGACGAGGGGACGAAUCUGGAUCCAGCGUUAGGUGGUUCGAGCUCCGCUCUUGGAAAUGGUCCCACGAUCAGAAGGUCUAUGCCGGCCCGAGCAAGUGACGCCCCUCAAAUUCCCUUGACGCUGGUGGAUACCUCCAUUUUCCAAGCUCGGACAGGAGAAGCUCCUGGGGGUCCUAUGCCGCAACGCCUCAAUUCACAUCGCGGAGCACAUGAGCUUCCUGUUGAGAGCGAAGUUACUUCGCCUCAAUGGUUUAGCGGAGUGGGGCCUCGUCCCAGCUGA